CAAAGCCCAGCAAAAGAGGGACGGGGGACCAAGGAUCCGGCCGGUUCCUUAAGACUCUGAGCUCCGGCGAGUAGGGCGGGGGGAAAGAUUGCCGAGGAAGAGGCGGCCGAAGGAAGGAGGGGAGACGCCGGCAGGUUCUGGAAGAAGUUUCUCCCCGCAGAGACGCUCCGAUCCUGCCUCCUUUGUUAUGAAGCGCCGCGAAUAACCGUCCGAGGGCUGCCGUCGCCGAUCUUCCUGCUUGUUGCCGCCGCCGCCGCCGCCGCCGGUCAGUCGAAGGCGAUCCCGGCGCCGGUUCCCUCGGCGGAGUUUGGUGCUGGGGGGGAGGGAGCGCUCCCCUCCCGGAGAAGCCCAGCCCGGCGCGGGACACCCUUUGACUGGCUCCCUUGCUUCCUUGGAGGCUCCUCACAGCUGGCUGGCUGGCUGGCCGGCUGGGCGGCCAGCGGGCAGGGGGCUCCUGUCGUUGCUGUUGCUGUUGUUGCGGUUGCUGCUGCUGCUGCUGCUGCCGCCGCCGCUUGGACUCCGGCCGGGCGGGGAAAAGGGGAGGCAGCGGCCGUCGGGACUUCUUCGCCCCUCGCGGGCCCUGUAUGAGCUCCGGUUGCCCUUAAGCGCCCGUCCCGGGUUGCUUGACCGAGCCUUCGCCGCUGCGCCUCGCCCCCGCCGCAGGCAAAAACAACCGCUUGAAUGUACAACAUGAUGGAAAGCGAUCUGAAGCCUCCCGCCCCCCAGGCGACUCCGGGGGGAGGCACGGGGGGGAACAGCAACGCCGGGGGGGCCAACAGCCAGAAGAACAGCCCCGACCGGGUCAAAAGACCCAUGAACGCUUUCAUGGUCUGGUCCCGAGGCCAACGGAGGAAGAUGGCCCAGGAGAACCCCAAGAUGCACAACUCGGAGAUCAGCAAGCGCCUGGGGGCCGAGUGGAAACUUUUAUCCGAGGCGGAGAAGAGACCCUUCAUUGACGAAGCCAAGCGGCUGCGCGCCUUGCACAUGAAGGAACACCCGGAUUAUAAAUACAGGCCCCGGCGGAAAACCAAGACUUUGAUGAAGAAGGAUAAGUACACGCUGCCCGGUGGGUUGCUGGCCCCCGGCUCCAACUCCAUGGGCGCGGGAGUCGGCGUGGGGGCUCCGCUGGGCGCGGCCGGCGUCAACCAGCGGAUGGACAGCUACGCUCACAUGAACGGCUGGACCAACGGCGGCUACGGCAUGAUGCAGGAGCAGCUCGGCUACCCGCAGCACCCGGGGCUCAACGCCCACAACGCGGCCGCCGCCGCCGCCGCUGCCCAGAUGCAGCCCAUGCACCGUUACGACGUCAGCGCCCUGCAGUACAACUCCAUGACCGGCUCCCAGACGUACAUGAACGGUUCGCCCACCUACAGCACCAUGUCCUACACGCAGCAAGCCACCCCGGGCAUGGGGCUGAGCUCCAUGGGCUCGGGGGUCAAGACGGAGUCGAGUUCCAGCCCGCCUGUGGUCACGUCCUCUUCCCACUCCAGAGCUCCCUGCCAAGGCGGAGACCUUCGGGAUAUGAUCAGCAUGUACCUGCCCGGAGCCGACGUGGCGGAGCCGGCCGCCCCCAGCAGACUGCACAUGUCGCAGCAUUAUCAGAACGCACCUGUGCCAGGAGCGGCGAUAAACGGCACUCUUCCUCUGUCCCACAUGAAAGAAACGCAAACUCUCUCCCCCCUCCACUUCAAUAUGAAUCUCAGCUUGGCCCAUUUGCAUGUCCAGCAAUCUUGACAUCUGAGUAGGCGAGAUUAGCGUUUAAAAGAUAAAGCUGCAAAUCUACAUCAAUGAAUAAUACACGAUAAAGA